AUGGGGACUAAAUCGAUAGACCGCGAGGCGGCUUUAGAGUCGGUCGUCGACGAGAAGAUAGCGCUGCCGACUGCGUCUACUGACAAUGCGAUUACUACGGAAGAAGAGAAAGCGCAGCGCGAUGCUAAGCUGCGGCCAGAAAGGGAGGCUGUUUUUAGCGACUAUAUUAGGAUCUUCAAAUAUGCUACCUUCUGGGAUUUCGUUCUUAUGGUUGCUGCAGUUAUAGCAGCCGGAGGAUCAGGUGUCACUCUUCCACUGAUGAACGUUGUAUUCGGUGCACUUGUCGGCGACUUCAAUGGCUACUUUCUCCCUGUUCCUACACAGACAGAGGCUCAAUUCCGGGCCUCUCUUAACAAGAAUGCAUUAUACAUCUUCAUUCUAUUUAUUGCGAGAUUCAUUCUCACAUACAUUAACAAGUUUGCCUACCGGCUGAUUGGUAUUCGGAUGUCUGCAGCUAUCAGACUUGAUUAUCUUCGCUGUCUGUUCAGUCAAACGAUCCACGUCCUGGACUCGAUGCCCUCUGGUGCUGCAGCAGGGACGAUUACGACGACGGCGAAUACGCUUCAGCUAGGUGUUUCGGAGAAGCUUGGCGUCUUCGUCGAAUUCGUUGUCAUGAUCAUUGCCGCCACGGUCAUCGCAUUCGUCUACAACUGGGCUCUCGCUCUGGUGACAUGCUCUGUUCUCCUCUUUAUCCUCAUCGUCGUAAGUAUUACUAUCCCAUUCUAUGUCAAGGGAACGACCAAAGUUGCCAAGGCGGAGACCAAAUCGUCUUCGGUAGCGAACGAGGCUUUCUCGGCUAUCCGUAUGGUGGUUGCGUGCGGUGCCGAAUCCCAAGUUGCUAAGCGUUUCGCUGUCUGGGCCCAGCAAGGACAGAAGCAUGGCCAAGGAAUUUCGCCCCUUAUCGGCAUGCAGAUGUGUUUGGUUUUCUUCGCAUUCAACGCCGCAUUCGGGCUUGCGUUCUGGUAUGGAUCUAGAUCGUUUGUCGAGGGCCGACUCGAUAAUGUAGGUACUAUCGUUGUGGUACUUAUGUCGGUCAUGAUGAUGAUUAUUUCCAUCGAACGAAUUUCGACGCCACUCAUCGCAAUGGGUAAAGCUACGGUGGCUGCUUGUGAAUUUUUUACCGUCAUAGAUGCCCCUCGACCGAACACCGGCGAACUUAAGGAGCCCGACGUUUCAGCGAGCAGCGAUAUUGUAUUCAAGGACGUGGAUUUUGCGUACCCGAGUCGACCGCAUGUCAAAGUCUUAGACCAACUUAACCUUCGAAUCGAGGCAGGGAAACUUACGGCUAUUGUUGGACCUUCUGGGUCUGGUAAAAGUACUAUAGUCGGCCUGAUCGAACGAUGGUAUACUCUACAUGACCAAUACAUCAUUGCUAAGGCUAUCGAAAAGGACCCGGCAAAGGAGGCAGCGAAGAAGGGCAAGGGAAAGAAGAAAAGCCAAGACGAAUCUGACGACGAAACCCCCGCUGCUGAAGUUGAAGACACCGGUCCGGCCGUAGAGUUAAAGGGAUCGAUAGCUACCUGUGACCAUGAGCUAGAGGAGAUCAAUCUAAAGUGGUGGCGGUCUCAGAUCGGACUUGUACAACAAGAGCCAUUCUUGUUCAACGACACUAUCUAUAAGAAUGUUGCGUACGGUUUAAUAGGUUCAGAAUUCCAAAACGAGCCCGAAGAGCGGAAACGAGAGCUGGUAAAAGAGGCCUGUAAGGAGGCGUUCGCUGACGAGUUUAUCGACCGGCUUCCGGAUGGAUAUGAGACUCUUGUCGGUGAAAGCGGCACGAAGCUAUCGGGUGGUCAGCGCCAAAGAAUAUGCAUCGCUCGAGCCGUUAUUAAAAGACCUAAGAUCCUCAUUCUCGACGAAGCCACAUCCGCGAUCGAUGUCCGAGGCGAACGUAUUGUGCAGGCAGCGCUCGACAAGGUAUCGCAAGGCCGAACUACCAUUACUAUCGCCCACCGACUCUCGACGAUCAAGAAGGCCGAUACGAUUGUCGUUUUGCAAAAAGGAAAGGUUGCCGAGCAGGGGACCCACGAUUCCCUCCUAGAGAAUGAUAAGGGUGUUUACUAUGGCCUCGUCCACGCCCAACAGCUUUCUCUAGGAGAACACACUGAUGCCGAUGACUCUGAGGGCCCGGAGGAAGAGAACCUAGGAGCGAUUCUCAGCCGCGAAAAAAGCGCUGCGUUCUCUGAAGCUGCGGACGCGCCCAAGGCAGCUCAGUGGAAGAGAAGAGGUCUAUUUGGAAGCUUUGGACGAUUGCUGUACGAGCAGCGAACUCGUUUCCCCUUCUAUGCAGUUAUCAUCGUGGCAUCAAUGUGCACAGCGACAUCGACUCCUCUACAAGCGUACCUCUUCGGGAAAAUUAUUGUCGUCUUUGCUUACAUGGACGACAUCCCCAAGUUCACAGCCGAAGCAAACUUCUGGUCCUUGAUGUGGGUUGUUCUCGGUAUAGGCACAGGCCUAGCAUACUUCGUCCUGGCAUUUGCGUCAAAUCAUCUUGCUCACUACAUCUCCGCGACAUACCGACAACAGUAUUUCGAGAGUAUCUUGUAUCAAAAGACAUCGUUCUUCGAUGAAGAGCAGAACUCGACGGGUUCGCUUACGGCUCGAGUUGGGAGUGACCCGAAGCAACUGGAGGAACUUCUUGGUUUAAAUAUGGCUAUGGUUUAUAAUUCAUUCUUCACUCUCAUCGGUUGUCUAGCUAUAGCCUUUGCCUUCGGCUGGAAGCUCGCCAUUGUCGCUACGUGCGUCACGAUGCCUAUAGGACUUGCAGCGGGAUAUCUUCGCCUUAAGUACGAGAUCGAAUUUGAGAGCCUAUACGCAGAGGUCUUUGCCGAGUCGUCCAAGUUCGCUGCCGAGGCCAUCUCAGCCUUCCGAACCGUUUCUUCCCUUACCCUCGAAGACACCAUCGGCAACCGUUACGAAAACUUGCUUAGCCAUCACGUCAUCGAGGCUUACAAGAAGGCGAGGCUGAGGACGCUCGUAUUUGCCUUCUCGGAGAGUGUCGGUUUAGGUUGCCAGGCUCUUAUCUUCUGGUAUGGCGGCACGCUUCUGGCUUCGCGAGAGUAUAACACUUUGAACUUCUUGAUCUGUUAUAUGGCGGUCAUUCAAGGAGCCGAGUCAGCAGGCCAGGGCUUCGGCUUCGGUCCCAACGCCGCCCAAGCCUCAGCCGCCGCCAACCGCAUCCUAAGCAUCCGCGAGACCCGUAACAAAGACCUGGGUGAUAAGAACACUAACAUCCCCGACACACAAGGCGGCAUCAAGAUCGAGCUCAAAGACGUACACUUCAAAUACCCCACGCGCAACGUCUCCAUCUUCAAAGGCCUCAACAUCACGAUCGAGAAGGGUCAGUUCGCAGCCCUAGUCGGCGCCUCUGGCUGUGGCAAGACGAGUAUCAUCUCUCUUCUCGAGCGCUUCUACGAUCUUCAGCGCGGGCAGAUCCUAGCGAACGGCACAGACAUCGCACAAAUCAACGUAUAUGACUACCGAAGGCACUUAUCGCUAGUAGCUCAGGAACCGACGCUGUUCCAGGGUACGCUACGCGAUAACAUUCUGCUAGGCGCAGACGUAGCGGACGUCAGUGAAGAGGACCUACAUGCGGCGUGCCGUGACGCGAGUAUCCACGAGUUCAUCAUGUCGCUGCCCGAGGGCUAUAACACCGAGGUCGGUAGUCGUGGUGUCUCGCUCUCUGGUGGCCAGAAGCAGCGUGUUGCGAUUGCCCGCGCUCUGGUCAGGAAGCCCGAGGUACUCCUCCUCGACGAAGCUACAAGCAGUCUCGACUCUGAGAGCGAGAAGCUUGUCCAGGGCGCGUUUGAGCGAGCCGCUACGGGGCGGACUAUGGUGGUCGUUGCGCAUCGGCUGGCUACGGUGCAAAAUGCCGAUAUUAUUUUCGUUUUGGGCGAGGGCAAGGUGUUGGAGAAGGGGUCGCAUAAUGAGUUACUGAAGAAGAGAGGUGUUUACUGGAAUAUGUGUCAGAGCCAAGCUCUCGAUAGGUAAGGAAAGAUGCCAAGUAUAAUGAGGAUGGGUAUACGUAAUAGAUAAUGCAUAUGUUGGAUAUAACUAUAGGGACUAAACAAUGGCUAUUAAAAAAGGACAGCAU